AUGAAGAAAGAGAUCCAAGUCGAGGUCUUUGGCGCAGAGUCGAAGAUCCUCGAGGUCGAAAAGAAGGCGACAGGGCAAAAGCUGUUCGAUUUGAUGUGCGACUCACUGGACAUUCGCGAGAAAGAAUACUUUGGCUUGUAUAUUUCCCUGAAAAACGACCAAAGAAAGUGGAUCAGCCCUGAAAAAGGUUCGCUAGCAGCUCAAGCUGAACUAGGCGAUGCUCCUGUUCAGUACACUCAAAAAGAUCACAACGCCCUCGUCUCGCUCAAACUCGCUCCAAACGUUUCCGAAAACUUAAUGCAACGAAUAUCCGACCUUCACGUGGCUCACAAUGGAUUAAAGACUUCAAAAGCGGAGCUGAAGUAUUUGGAAACUGCUUCGAAAUUACCGCUUUAUGGGCUUCAUCAAUUUCACGUCCGGGACGCGGAAAAUACGGAUCUUGUCCUGGCCUGCCAUUUUGGCGGAAUUUACAUCAUGCAAAACACGAUCUUGUUGAACAGAUUCGCCUGGCCAACGAUAAUCGAGCUCAGCUACAAGCGAGAUAUCUUCUAUGUCAAAGUACGAGCUGGAAUAGUGAACAACUUGGAGACGAAAAUCGGCUUUAUUUGCCCAUCCACAGGAGUGGCGAAGCGAAUCUGGCUGAUUGGAAUCGACCAUCAUCACUUUUUCCGCGUUGAAACGACGCGAAAUACAAUCAAGGGCCGAAAAUUCCAGCGAACGCAGGCAGAACUCAUCGACCAAGUCGGCAAGCUCAAGCGGUCGAAUACGCACUCGCUUGAUCGAGCCCGUUCUCUGCGAGCUUCGCGACUGUUCGUCUCUUCCGACAACUUGACAAACGGCGUCAGCCCUGUCAAAAAGACGCCGCUAAAGACGAUCAAUUCCAACGCCUCAAACACGCUUUCUUCUGGCCCUACUUCUUCCGCGACGAGUCCGACGCCUCCUGCCAAGCCGUUGCGAAGAUCGAGGAUGAAUCUAACGAACGCAACGUCGGAAAAGAGCAUCUCUGACAAUCCAAGUUCAAAUAGCGCAGUAAUCUAUGGAAGAAAUACUAUAAUUGGAACAGAUGAGCAAGGGCUUGACUGUACUGCCAUGACAGGUUUCGUCUUCCCAACGGGGCUGAAUCUGUUAGACAAGAAAACGAAAGAAAUUGUCAACUCGAAAAGCUCUUCUUCCGGAACUUCCAAUCCCUUCUGCCCCGAGAUUUCGAAUCGGAGAAGGGUCGUUGCUAAAUCAGACGAAAAACUACUUGUUCCAGAUGCCAAGCGUCGCGAACGAUACAACCAAGAAAAAGAAGACCGAGUCAAGUUCUUCAAAGACGGCAACUCGCGAAGCUUCGAAGUCCAAGGCGAUAAUAUAAAAGGCCGUUUGUUGAAUUACGAAGCGCACCAGCAAGAAGAACUCAGAAAUCAAAUUGUUAAAAGCAUCGUUAUCUCCGAAAAGAAAAAGCGAAAGGAAGAGGCAAAAGCAAAAGUCGAAAGGGCCAAGAGUUCGACAAAACCCACCGCCGUCAUGAUCAGAGGACUCCGCGAAAAGACCUUCAGAAAAGAUUUUAUAAGAAGUCACAUGGAAAAAUUUGGAGAAAUCGUCAAGAUAUCCUCAGUUCAAGGCCAUGCAAGAGCAGUAAUGGUUCGAUUUGCCGAGUAUAAAAGCGCGCUCAAAGUUCAUAAGCAGUUCAACAACCCGGAAAUCAAGAUCUUCCCGCGCUUCCCCAACGCCGAGAUCAAACUAGUCAAGUCCGAAAGCAAACGUCAACUGCCACGCGUCCCUGCCUUUGCUCCCGUUCCCGAUACCCCCGUCAUGUCCCCUGCUCCUUCUCCUGCCUCCUUCACUAGUUUUCAAUAG